CAAAUUUCAUACUACAUUGUUGAAAUCAGUCCUUUUAUUUGGAAUUUUUGCAUCUAUAAUCACAAAUGUUAAAGUAAUUAAACAAGGAGGCCAUUUGACUGAGUUGGCUCUGAUGCCUUGGUAGCCUACAUAAGCAAACCAAAAUCUAACCCAGAGUAGAUGCACCUGAAUCCAACAAAAUCAAACUUAAGACCAACCAAUCACAAAAGCCAACUUAGUUUUCCCAAAUAGGGCAACUGCUUAAGUGAUAUCCAAUCAAAUAAUUUCCUUGCUUGGCUUAGUGGUCUUCUUUACAAAAACCUUUCCAAUAGCUCCUGUUGGUGGAGUGCUCCUAACCACUUUCGGUUUGAUACUGCCUAAUUCAAAUCAAUAUAUGCUCAAAUAAACUCUUGAACAUUUUAACGUGCCUCAGUUUAUCUUUUAACACAAAUGCAACUGAUUAAUACUUUUCUUUUGGCCCAUCUGUAUCAGGUUUUAUACUAGGUACACAAAAUUAGACAGCAUUCCAUCUUUUCCUUGGAUCCAAAUAAAUCGAAUAAUCAUUAUAAGUUCAAAAGUUAGCUAAAACCCAGCUAUAACCAUCUGGUAACUUUUUAAUAGUACAUAUUUUAAGAUAUAUUUAAAUUUUAUUUGGUUAUUAUUCUAUUCAGGUUUUCCAGUUCUUAGUAGAAAUUAAUAAUUUAAAUUUUACUAGAAAAUCUACAAUUAUUUUUACCAUGGUUAUAGAGUUGCACAUAACAGCCUCAGAAUUCUUUCCAAAUCUGUGUCUAUGGUUUAACCUCUCUCAUUUCUAAUGUUUUUGUUUUAAUUUCUUUUUUGUUUUGUUAUUGUUUAUCAAUAUUGUGUUUCACUUAUCCUUUAGAACCAAACGGUGAAUUUUUAAAAUCUGGCCCACUUUUCUAUUUUCUAGUUCAUUAAUUUCAGAGUCUAUACUUAUUCAUUUUAUACUUAACAAAUUUAAUACGUAAUGUUUCAUAAGAAGAACAUGAUUAUGUCCAAAAUAUAAGGGAAUACUCUUAAGGUAAAAAGAAAAUAUUCAUAAUUACAUGUCCUAGAAAUUAACUACUGUUAACAAAUAUUAGUGUAACUUUCCAGAGAUCUUAAGUGCCUUUCCAUCUCUGUUUAUGUACUUAUACAAAGUUUGAAAACAGAUUACAUGAUAUAUAGAGGUUAGUAUUGGUACUCCAUUACUUCCACUCCGGACUCAGGGCUGCCCUCCUUCAACCUCCCGCUGGCCCUUCUCAGAGUCUCCCACCCUGAGCUCAAGACUGCCCCACUUCAGUCUCUCCGCCACAUCCCCACCCUGCUAAGCUAGGACUACAUUUCCCAGACGCCUCCAGGGUGGGCCCAGCCCCUACUGGGCGCCCCUGUGAUCCCCCAGCCCCUACUGGGCGCCCCUGUGAUCCCGCCCGAAUUAUGCUGAACAGCCGGGACAUCUGGUUGUAGUCUUACGGCGUUCCAGACUGAGGACCGCGCUUCCCAGUGGAGCCCGCAACUGGAGAGUGAAUUCUCAGGGGAAACCUGGGCACCCAGCUCGACCAGGAUUGUGGGGCGCCAAGGGCUGAACCGCCCAGGUGCGGGAGGACUCCUAGUUCGUGGCAUGGCGGGGAGUGGUCCUCUCCUGAUCCCACGCUCAGAGCGCGGCUCCGUGUGGAGAGAACUUUGGACGGUCGGCCUCCCGGCCUCUAACUACAGUUGCUAGAGGCCUCUGGGCAUCUCCCAGUUUGGGGCGAGGCUGUUGCAGACGGGUUAACCUCGGGGACUCGGACGUCCUGGUGGCCGACCCCUCCUCCCUUUCCCUGGCUGUGCGCUAUCUUUCCCAGAAGCCUCCACGGUCCACAACCUUUUCUUACCCCUGGCGGCCACCUAUUGCUCCUGGACCUGUGGGUUCGCCCAGGUCCGCAGAGGAUGCUCGGGCGCGGCUGGGCGGCCAGGUGUGGGCUUCACUGAAGGUUUGGAACACACCGCGACCCUGGGCGGAAAAGACUUGUGCCGGCCGGGCACUGGCUGGAGUUUCCUCCUCUGGACAAUAUUUUCCCAAGGGCUCCACGGCGCAUGCACUUCCGUUUAAAGUUGGCUGGCCAGUGGUAAGUUGGCGGGAGUUCGGACGCUAAGGUUCGGGGUGUUCCGGGCGGCCUAGCUCACUGGUUUGGGGCAGAUUCGAUCACACUGGAGAGCGAGGACCCCAAGAGGUGGGCGGUGAGGACCCCCAGGGCGGGGCUGGGGCCUGUCUGGAGUCUUAAAUACGGAUGGCUGUCCGGCGUGGCCAGGCUGCGCGCCCGCGCUUGGAGACGAGCGGAUGGCGGGAAGAAAGGGGGCGUCGGCCGCGCGUCUGCCUGGGGGGGCGUGGUUGCAGGCUGGCGCGGGAGCGGGCUGGCGGUCGGCGCUCAAGGAAUCCAGAAGAGCAGAAGAGCCGCCGUGCAUCAGAAGUCAUGGGGGAGGGCUUGAAGUUCAAAGAUGUGGCGAUUUACUUCUCUCAAAAGGAGUGGGAAUGCUUGCACUCUACUCAGAAGGAUUUGUACCAGGAUGUAAUGUUGGAGAAUUAUAACAACCUGAUCUCACUGGGACUUUCUGAUUCUAAGCCAGAUGUGAUCUCCUUAUUGGAGCAGAAGAAGGAGCCCUGGAUGGUUAAGAGGAAGGAGACAAGAGAAUGGUGCCCAGAUUGGGAGUCCAAGAGAAGAGAGACCAAGAAUUUAUCUCCAAAGGAGGACAGUUGUGAAAUUAAAUCAUUACAACAGGAGAUAACAAAAAGACUUACACACUCUAACCUUGAGUGCACUAGGGUCAGAGAUAACAGAGAAAUCAAAUGCCACCUGGAGAGACAACAGAAGGGCCAUUUCAGACAAGCUGUAAUAACCUCUGAAGAAAGGUCCACUUCCACUCAGUGCACAGUUCAUAGAGUACCUCAGACAAUUCAUACCAGAGCAAAGUCCUGUGAAUGCGAGGAACGUAAGGAAGCUUUAGGGUCCCAAUCACACCAUAUUCAACAUGAAAGAAGUCAUAAUAAGGAAGAAGACUCUAAAUGUGGAGAAUGUGGGGAAGCCUUUAAUAGUAGGUCAGACUUGAUUAAGCAUCAGAGAAUUCAUGAAAGCAAAAAAAGUACUGAAAAUAAGAAAUGUGCCUUUGUUCAUGACUCUGAAAUUACUAAACCUCAGAGCAUUAGUACUGGUGAGAAAACUCAUAAUUGUAAGGAAUGCGGGAAAGCCUUUCACUCUAGCUCACAACUUAGCAAACAUCAAAAGAUUCAUAUAGGUGAGAAACCCUUUAAAUGUAAGGAGUGUGGGAAGGCCUUUCCAUCUACCUCACAACUUAAUUUACAUCAAAGAAUUCAUACUGAUGAGAAAUACUAUGAAUGUAAGGAAUGUGGGAAAGCCUUUACCCGUCCCUCACACCUUUUUCGACAUCAGAGAAUCCACACUGGUGAAAAACCCCAUAAAUGUAAGGAAUGUGGGAAAGCUUUUCGUUAUGACACACAACUUAGUCUUCAUCAGAUCAUCCAUACUGGUGAAAGACGCUAUGAAUGUAAGGAAUGUGGAAAGGUCUAUAGUUGCGCCUCACAGCUGAGUCUGCAUCAAAGAGUUCAUACUGGUGAGAAACCUCAUAAAUGUAAGGAAUGUGGGAAAGCUUUUAUCUCUGAUUCACAUCUUAUUCGACAUCAGAGUGUUCAUACUGGUGAGAAACCAUAUAAAUGCAAGGAAUGUGGGAAGUCCUUUCGUCGUGGCUCAGAACUUACUCGACAUCAGAGAGCUCACACUGGAUUGCCUGCUCCCCACCUUAGUCCGUGCCAGAUGUGGGCUCUCCUAGCUUGCUUUGCAUCUGGGCAUGUGUAUCACGGUCCUGGCCACAGAAGUUCCAAGCAAGAAUCUGCAAGUGGACUUCAGUUAAGUUUUCUUUGCUAAUAAAGUAGAAGGAAAUAGUCUUCCUAUAUACAGGAUGCAUGUCUGUGUGUCUGUAUGAUACCUGGCAUUGUGGCCAUUUUGCAAGCAGAAAGGAAGGGGCUGAGAUUGGCACAGGGAGAGGGUGGAAUUACGUGUGUCCUUGACAUUAUUGAGCUGGUGAAAAAAUUCAGAACUACCCUGUCCCUGGGUUUGUAUGAAAUUAAGAAACUCCGUACGUACCUGUUAUGAGUUUAUACUCAUCUUUUUAUAAUAUAUCUGAGUCCUGGAAAAAAUUAUCUUCAUAUAUAUAUACACACAUUCAACUUUAGUAAGAUGAGAAAAUGUUUAUAUUCAGCUUUUUUAUAGUAUAUCUGAAAUUGUAGAAAAGCAUUUUCUUAAAUAUUAGACAUAUGUAUGUGUUUAUAUGUAUACGUUUGUUCAGUGAGAUGUAGGAAGUGUUCAUUUACAUUCAACAUUUUAUAGUGUAUGUUUAUAUUCAGCUUUUUACAGUAUUUCUGAAAUCUUUGAAAAGUAUUAUUUUCCUGAAUAAAGUAAGAGCCAUGAAAAAACUGAUUAGAGCUACACCAUGUAAUUCCUCUAGUACCAGAGAUACUACAGAUAACAUCUUCUACGUCUUCAAGAUACAAAGAGGCACAGCUAUAAGACUAGCUUAAGCCUUGUACCCUUUUACCAGAUUUGUAAAAGGACAGCAUCCAAAUCAAAUGAGCUAUAAAAAUAAUCCAUUGUACUCAUAGCAUAUGAACAUUCCAAUUGAAAUAGCAAGUCAAAUCUAGGAAUUUACGGAAAGAAGAAAAUAGGGUUUUAAAAUCUAAAUCAUGACUUUACCUGUGCAAUUGUUAAAAAAUGUAAUAUAUAAAUGUACUGUUUACACAUUGAAAGCUGGACACUAAAGUAACUAUUACCCACUGAAAGUAGUAGACAAGAAACUAUUACAGCAUAUGCAUACUCAUCUGCUGUGAAGAGCCUGCAGCUGUCCAUGUAAUCCUACCUCAUGGUCUGUGGACGUUCUUAACAUUUGCAAUAAUCACCAUCCAGUGGAUUCCACUUUUACCUCAUGCUUUAUAAAAACAAGUUUAAUGUAAACAUGUAUUACAUAAUAAACCAGUCAUAGCUAAAUAUCAGCCUGUUGGAGGACAAUUUAUAAUAAAAAUUCAAGCAGUUUUUAAAAGGGGGAAAUGAUCACUAAAUUUUAUCUGCACUGGUAUAUAUUUUAUGUCACUUCUUGAAAGUUGUACUUGGAGAAGUUGUACCCUUUAGAAGAAGAAUGAAUAAAGCUAGGCAAAACUAGGUGCGUUCAUAGUACUGGUUUCAUACAGUUUCUGACAUUUUUUUGAGUUAUAAUAAACGUUGAGGUGGUUCUCUUUCAUUUUUUGCCCAUGUGUACAUAUUUCUGUUUUCAAGACUUGAAAGUCCCCUUCCAAAUUUAUAUAACGUUUUACCAAAAACUUGGGUUAUAGUGCAAAGGUUUAAAAAGAAAAAAUAGACAUAUCCACACUUACUCUCUGAAGGCUUCCAUGCCUUCACACAUCUAGGAGGUUUGUUUUGGUGACAGUGUGUGUGUUGGGAGGCAGGGGGUAGUUUAAAUGAGAUUGUCUUACACAUUGAAAUGCGCCCUCCUUACUUGGCCACAUAACAUGGACAUCCUUCCGGUCAGUACCUACAGACAUAACUAUUUAGCUUUAGAUUCUUACAUAAUAUAUGCAAACUAUAAUAUAUGCAGCUCAUUCUACCAAUGAAAGUUCAGGUUUGUUAUUUUACAAGUAAUCGUACAAGAAUAAUUUUACUACAGAUGUGUUGUUGCACGUUGGUGUGUUUAUUUCUGUAGAAUGGUGGAUUGCUCCCAGUUGGAGUCCUUGCCUUGCAACGUAGAAGUUAAUGCCUUACUACUUUCUGAAACUCGCCAUUAAUCUACAGGACUAUAUGUCCAUUCCCGACAAUUUCAACCUGGACUGAACCCUUUUCAAUUAGGUGAAGAAAAAACGUGCCUUCAAUCUGCAUUUUCUUAAUUGCCAGUGAGGCUGAGCAUAUUAUACCGUGCCUAAGAGUCAUUUGAAUUUUAUUUCCGUGAAUUGCUUGUUUUUAUCUAUUCCCUUUUUUUAAUUGGAGUCGUUUUGAAGUAAUUUGUAGAAACUGUUAAGGAGGUUGUUUUGUCAUUUACUUUGUAGUUUGUUUGCUUCGUCUAACAUCUAUCUUUUCCCUUUUUAUGGCAAAAGGAGUCAACAAGCUUUUUCUGUGAAGGGCCAGAUGGUAAAUAUUUUAGGCUUUGUGGUCAUACAUUCUCUCCUCCGCCUUGGUAGCGCGAAAACAUGGACGACAGAAACCAGCGGUUCUGAACUAGGGCUAAUUUUGCCUGCCUUGCCCCCAACCCUAGGAAACGUUUUCCGUUGUCACUAUGAAGGGAGGUGCUGCUGGCAUCUGGUGGGUAAAGGCUGGAGACGCUGCUCAACAUCCUCCAGUGUAUAGUGCAGCCCCCCACAGGAGAAUUAUCCGUCCAGAAUGUCACUAGCGCUGAAGCUGAGAAAUCCUGACCUGUAAGCAAAUGGGCAUGGCUGGGUUCCAAUAACACUGUUUACAAAAAUAAGCAACUGGCCACAUUUGGCCUACAGGUUGCAGUUGGCUGACCCCUGUUUUAAAUAAUCUUUUUUGCUGUGUAGUAUCUAGUUUUCUGGUUUUGUUCCUGAAUUGUCUCUCUCACCUCAUUUUCCUAAAUUUUCUUCUAUCUUAUUUCAUGGUUUUAAAUAUUCUUGAGUGAAUAAAAUAAUACAGAAAAACAGCACCUGUGUAACUACUAUGUAAUAAUUAGGCAUCUUACUGUCUCUUGAUUAAAAUUUUGUAAGAGAAGGAAAUCAUUUCAGAAACAGGCGAAGUCUCUGUUCCUUUCUUCAGUCCUGCUCUCCUCCCUGUGUCUACAGUGCGCCUGGUAUCUACAAAACCAGUGCUUAGGUGCACACACAGAUGGCACAUGGUAUUAUGGGGUUCUAAGUAAUACAAGUGGUGACACAUCUUUCUGUAAUUUUCUUUAUUGACGAGAUGUAGGAUCUAAAACUAUUGAAAAAUACUGAUCCAAUUCUUUUAUCUGUGUUGUAUUUUUAUACAGUUUAUUCAUUGAUGUCUCUUUAUUGGUGAAAUAGAGAAAGAUAAUUGUAGAUAAAAUCCAUUCUAUAUAUUUUAAGCAGAAAGGGAUUUAAUAAAGGCUAUUUUGUAAUUUGAAGAAUUUUCAGGAGACCAAGGAAUCAGGCUUAUGGGCU